AUGUCGCAGUCACAGUCGCAACCUGGGGUGAUCCCCUAUGGCUCCAGCAUCGUUCACUCCGCGCCUGUCGACAUGGCUCGACCCAUCAACCACGAGAACAUUAGAGGCAAAACGAUCCUCAUCACGGGAGGCGCUUCAGGGUUUGGGGCAGCUUGCUUCCGCGAAUGGGCGUCUCACGGCGCCAACGUUAUCAUUGGCGACCUCAAUGAGAAGGCCGGCACCGAGCUGGUCGCCCAGGUUCGCCAGGCCACAGAAAACCAGAACCACCAUUUCAUCCCGCUCAACGUGACCAGCUGGCAGAGUCAAGUCGCCUUCUUCAAGCAGGCCACCCGGCUGAGUCCGCACGGCGGGAUCGACCACGUCAUGGCCAAUGCCGGGGUGGCCGAUUCAGCAGAGCAGCUUCUAUUCGAGGACCCGCCCGACUAUGGGAAGAUGGUGGACGAGCAUGUCCCCCCCAACCCGGGCCUGCGCACGCUGGACACCAACCUAAACGGCGUCAUGUACACUACACACCUGGCGAUAUCGUAUCUGUCGCAGAACCCGGGAAGUGAGCAAUGUCACGCGGACAAGCAUUCGGGGACGCGGGAUCGACAUCUCAUCCUGGUGUCCUCGAUUGCCGGACUGGCGGCUCUGCCGGGCCAGUCUAUCUACGCCGCGGCCAAGCACGGUGUGGUUGGGUUGUUUCGGACACUGAGGCUAACAAUGCCGCUGAAGAGAGGGAUCAGGGUGAACAUGAUCAAUCCAUAUUUCGUCGACACGCCUAUCCUGGGACCUCUGGGCGCCUUGGUCCUCGCGGGCGGCGCAAUGGCCAAAAUUGAGUCGGUGGUCGAAGCCACGACGCGCCUCGUGGCCGAUCAAGGCAUCAUCGGCCGCGCACUCAUGAUAGCCAGCAAGACCUCCGAGGAGGACGCAAGGGCAGUGGGCCUCGAGCGGGCCAUAGAAGACCAGGCAGUCUGGGAUUGUUACGCCGACGACUUUGAGCAGACGGACCUGUUUACGAGACGGAUCAUUGGGAUUACGAAUCUGGUGACACGGACAAGAGGCUGGGCGGACCUGGGCGUCGCCGUCGGUCUGUGCAUGAAUCUGGAAAUCCUGCACCGGCACCCGAGCCAUGUCCAAGGCAUGCUAAGGUCGCGCAAGCUACUGGCUCUGGUCCUUCUUGUCGGCACCGCUGUUCUCACCCUAUACCUGCUCCAGAGUCCCCAGCAGAUCCAGACACUUGAGGAAUCGACGGCCUCGCUCUUCCAAGGCCACCAUGCCCACGAGGAGAAUCAGCCACUCCUCCCCGCGAGUUCCCUGUUGCAUCCUAUCCACCAGCUAGUCGCCCAGGGGGAGAGUGACUUUCAGACUGUCCGAGCGCGCCAGUCGCGGUCUCUCAGCGAUGCGGUAGCCGAGUACCGCAGGCGGUACAAGCUGCCUCCUCCUCCGCAUUUCGACAAAUGGUACAACUUUGCGAAAAAACGGGGCGUCGAGCUCAUCGACGAGUAUGACACGAUAUAUCACCAGUUGCUGCCCUUUUGGGCAUUGGAACCCGGUGUCAUAAGAGAGAGGACAAGAGAAGCGAUCGGAUUCGACAAUGCUUUGAUCUCAGUCAUGAUCCGCGAUGGCAAGGUCACCAAAGCCGAAGGAGGUGGAGAUAUGUACGAGUGGCAUAGGGAGGCGACGCCUAUCAUGUUGAAAGAUUUCAUCAAGUACCUGCCCGAUAUGGACCUAGCAUUCAACAUUCAUGACGAGCCUCGCGUGGUGAUGCAGCACGAUGACCUCCUGCACCACGUCAAGGUAGCCAAGGACGAGAACAUCCCCAAGGCCUACAAUGCUCAGAGACUGAAGAACGAAUGGUCGCGCCGCGCCGAAGAUCUGGGUGAAGGAAUCCGGAUCAAAGAAUACAAAACUACCCGCUUCAACCGCUUUGCCCACCAACCGACAUGGAGCAAUUCUAGAAUCUCCUGCCCACCAGACAGUGCUGCGCGUUACUGUCUCAACGACUCCUGCCCAGACAACAUUACUGCCUAUUCUAAUCUGCCCCUGGGCUUCGUCCGGAACACCACCGCCUUCUCCGACAUCUGCAACUCUCCCAGCAUGGAGAGGUCAUUUGGCUUUUUCGACCGUCCCAACGCGUUCGAUGUCACGCACGACCUCUUCCCCAUCUUCUCGCAGUCCAAGAUCUCUUCCUUUCAAGACAUCCUGUACCCGUCGCCGUGGUAUUAUAUGGGCCGUGUCAAGUAUGAGCCGGAACGGGAUAUGCCGUGGGAACAGAAGGCUCCUACGAUGUAUUGGCGAGGCAGCACCACCGGUGGCUUCUCCCGCGAUGGUGGAUGGAGAAGACAACACCGUCAACGGUUUCUCACCAAGAUCCAGCCACUCAAUACGGCUAAGAUUCUCGAAUUGGACACCAACACUUCGGCAGAAGAUUCUCUGUGGCGCGAGAAGACCAUCUCCGCGGCCGAGGUAGCGCAUUAUUUUGACGUCAAGUUCACAUACAUUGGGCAAUGUGACCCUGGGGACUGCGACGCCCAACGUGAGUACUUUGGGACCGUGGAGCCUGUCAAUAUGUUUGACGCACUGGCGUCUCGGUAUCUGCUGGACAUAGAUGGCAAUGCGUUCUCUGGUCGCUAUUACGCCUGGCUGUUGAGCAAAUCUCUUGUCUACAAGCUCGCGGUGUUCCGUGAGUGGCACGACGAAUGGCUGAGACCGUGGGUGCAUUACAUCCCACUGGGUCUGAUCGGUGAUGAAUACGCCGAGAGCGUGAGGUACUUUGAUCAAGAGGAGGCCGGCAAGGUGGAGGGCAAGAGGAUCGCCGAGCAGGGCAGGAAUUGGGCGCAAAAGGUGCUGAGGAAUGAGGAUUUGGAGGUGUGGUAUUUCCGGCUGUUGUUAGAGUGA